AUGGUGGUGAAAAUACUAGAUAUUUUACGAGUUGGCUGGCAAAUCAUCGAGGAAGAGGACCGAAUAAGUAGAGGUAAUGGAGGUAUUGGUGGUAAUGGAGGUAAUAAGGGUCCAGACCCUAUACAUACAGUAGGACCUCAAAGGGUUUUCACCACACAAUUGGUUCUUACCAGUGUUUCUGGCUUAUGUCUAUUUCUUUUAUUUUGCAUCAUGAGGUAUCGAUGGCCACACAUCUACGCUGUGCGAACGUUGAGACAACAAGGGACAAAAUUACUAAAACCACUACCAGACAAUUUAUUUGGGUGGUUGAAGGUGAUCUACAAGAUAACGGAUGAGGAGAUUAUUACCUACUCGGGUCUCGAUGCAUAUGUCUUCCUUUCCUUCUUUAAGAUGGGGAUCAAGAUAUUUUUUGUAUUGGCAAUAUUGGCAAUUGGAGUAUUGAGUCCAAUCCGAUUUUAUUUUACUGGGAAUUAUGACAAGGAAGACAUUUUGGGAAACAAUAAUCCCCAAAAACCGCCAGAUUUUCAUGAUGAUUUUCCGAAAUUUCUUUGGGUGUACCCGAUAUUCACGUACUUAUUUUCAAUUGUGGUAUUUUACUACCUUUAUGACUUUACAAUGAAAGUUUUAAAAAUGAGACAAAAGUAUUUGGCGUCACAAGAUUCUAUAACGGAUAGGACUAUUAGGCUAGAUGGUAUACCGAAAAAGUUGUUGCAAAGAGAGAAGAUCAAAAAGUUUAUUGAAGAUUUAGGAAUUGGCAAAGUGGAAGAUGUGAAACUAAUAUAUGACUGGACACCACUCCAGAACGAAUUCAAUAGAAGAAAGAAACUUAUUCGAGACUUGGAGUAUUUGUAUGCAUCCGAGUAUAAGAUGGAUAUUGACAUCUUUAAUCGACAGCGAAUACCUGCAGUGAAUCCCAUAUGGGAUGAGCCUUUGCUGCUCAAAGCACAAGAAGAAGACCAGAUUAUUAGAAUGUCAAAGGAGCUACUUGAGUUGGAUGAUGAUAUAAAAGUUACCAGAGGCAAAUUUGACACGGAGUUGUCAACUAUUAACGCUAAAGAGCACUAUGAGUUUAAACAAAUACCCUCUGCAUUUAUUACCAUGGAUUCUGUUGCGUCGGCGCAGAUGGCAGCCCAAACGAUAUUGGACCCUCGUGUUUACAAAUUAAUUGUCAGUUUAGCUCCAGCGCCAAAAGACAUCAUCUGGCCAAACUUGAAGUUAACCUAUUCCCAGAAAUUGCUCAAGUCAUAUUUAAUCACCUUUUUUAUUGUCUUGAGUUACGGAUUUAUUAUAUUCUUGGUUGUUCCAUUGACAUCUUUGCUUGAUUUGAAGACAAUUAGCAAAUUCUGGCCAGCGUUGGGCGAACUUAUUGGAAAGUCAAAAUGGUUGACUACAUUUGUUACAGGUAUUCUUCCUCCAUUGUUGUUUACCCUUUUAAAUAUCCUGUUUCCUUAUUUUUACCAGUACUUGUCACGGCAACAGGGGUACUCCUCCAACAGUGAAGUUGAAUUAUCAACAUUGUCAAAAAACUUUUUUUUCAUAUUUUUUAACUUGUUUUUAAUCUACGUUGCUGCGGGAACAUUCUGGGAUUAUAUGUCUUAUAUCAGUGAUACGACAAAAAUAGCAACGCAGCUUGCAACUUCACUAAGGAGAAUGGCUUUGUUCUACGUGGACUUGAUUUUAUUGCAGGGAUUAACUAUGUUUCCGGUUAAAUUGUUGCAGGUUAGUGAUUUUUUACUUCUCAACAUCUUGGGAAAGCUUUUCGUUUUCAAAAAGUUGAUUUUGAAAACUCCAAGAGAUUACAGAGCUUACUAUUUUACACCACAAAUAUUUGAUUUUGGUAUUCACCAGCCACAGCACAUUAUGAUUUUUAUGAUCAUUCUUAUAUACUCUGUGGUUUCGACAAAAAUAGUCACUUGUGGCUUAAUAUACUUUGUACUUGGUUUGUUUGUUUACAAAUACCAGCUAGUAUACAAUUUCGUUCACCCUCCACAUUCAACAGGUAAAGUGUGGCCAAUGAUUUUCAGGCGUGUGAUCUUAGGGUUGGUUAUUUUCCAACUAUUCAUGUGUGGAACACUUGCUUUGGAAAGUGCAAUUUUGUUAUCCGUGUUGUGCACACCAACAAUCAUUGCAACUAUGUGCGUUUUGUACAAUUUUGAAAAGUACUACGUGCCCUUGAGUAACUUUAUUGCAUUGAGAGCUAUAUUGAACCCUUGUGAUUUCGAUAAGGUGUUUGACAACGAUGAUACUCUGUUCACCUCGGGAGAAACUCAAAAUGACGAGCCCAAUUCUGCCAUUAUAGAAGAUGAGGAAAACAUCGAUUUUGCUAAUGAGACGCCCAUUGACGAAUCAUCACUCCUCAAUGAGGGGACACAUUCCGCCGGUAGAAACUAUGUUUCUGAGCCACGUAUUAAGGGGAAAUCUAAAUCUUUAGGGAGAAGAGAGUCCACUAUUGAUGAAGAAAGAGAGCAGUUUACCGAUUAUACAUAUCCGCCAUUAAAAGAUCCUUUAGCUGGACCAUGGGUUGGCUUUACUGGGAACAUUGUUUCCAUGAUAGAGUAUAAGUUUUGUGUUGAAGGCAUCUUGGAAAACGGUGAUAGAAUAUAUGGCGAAGAUACUAGAGUAGUACCACGAAAUGAGACGGAAACGACUAUAAUCAAUAAGAAGUUAAUAGUAAGUGAAUGGGAGUAA